AUGCAUUUCUCCCUUACUGCGACUACCUCGGUAUUUCUUCUUGCUACGAAUGUCGCAAGCCAAAACUGGCUUCUACCUUUAGUCACCAGUACUAAAACCGAAGGCAAUGCCCCGACGACACUCAUCACGUCAACUGCCACUAAAACCACCACCAUAAGGCUGUUUAACUACACUAUAUCUUCAAACACCACCUCCACUCUGAACUCUACUCUUACCUCUAGUACCUUAUUUACUAGCACCACUUCUACACCUGCAGCAUCUACUUCAUCUAAUCCCAACCCCGGAUUAACUGCUGAUCAACAGAAGGCUCUGGAUCUUCACAACGAAGCUCGAAAGCUAGUUGGAGUUCCUCCUUUGAAAUGGGAUGCCGAUCUAGCCGUUUCUGCUCAGGCGUACGCAAUCAAGCUGACCGCAGUUGGUAAACUGGAACACGAUACGAACCGUGGAGAGCAGGGCGAGAACCUUUACUACCAGUGGGGCAGUCCCAACCCUCCUUACGAAUCUGCUACCACUUGGUGGCUCAACGAAAAGCCGUACUACACCAAUCAACCAAUUCCCCAGGAUAGUUCUAAUGGAAAGGUAUUUGCGGAUUAUGGACAUUACACCCAGGCUGUCUGGAGAUCCACUGAAAAAGUCGGAUUGGCCAUCGCAAAUGCUCUUGACGGCAAAACAUAUGUCGUGGCUCGCUACUUUCCAUCUGGCAAUGUGAUGGGCCAGACGCCUUACUAA